UGUUAUACGUACUGUACGUUUGUCUAGCAUCUGCCACUAGCCUGUAAAUACUGCUUGAAAAAACUGCGUAUUGCUGGAUUUGCAUUUGUUGACAGUCUUAUUACAUUGUACGGACUCGGAGAUACCAUUCCUGGCCAUAUAAAUAAUGAUUAUUAUUAUUACGAGUACAACAAGUAUAAUAUUAUCCAACUUCUAAAGUUUGCAGUAGUGCCACAGUGCUACUGUCCCACUACACUCUAUAUCUAUAUUAUUAUAUUUUUCUACUUAUUGUGAUCGUCUUUCCGACAAAUAUUUAUAGUGCAUGGAUUUUGCGCUGAACAAUAUUAUUCAUAUGAUCAUAUCAUUUUUCCUGUGCAAAACUGGUGUUAGGGCAUCACAUCACGUGCGCAGCGGGAAAAAAUGGGCGAUCAAACAGGAUGCACUAUUCCUCUUCGUGUUUUCACUACUUUGAUCCCAGAUUUUCCAAAAGAAUAUUUCGAUGAUUUGCGGUACUACCUCGAACAAAAACUAUCCUGCAAAAUAGAUACUAUCAGUGAGGAAGAACGAUGGCGUGGAUCGGAAGUCACCCAGAAGUCAUCUCCUUUCGACAACGACGAAGCCGAUUUUGGUUUCAUUAGUGCCGCUGAUUAUAUUCGCACCAAACUUCAUGCAAAGAACAAAAAUUUUGAGUUACUGCCGGUUGGAGCGCUUCAUAGGCACCCAAACGCACAUGGCAAGCCUAUUUAUUUCUCCGAUGUCGUUCUUCGUGUUGCGGACAAGGACCGAUUGAAAGAGUUUCGGAAUGCUAGGGGAACAGCAUGGGCGUACAGUACAUCCGAUUCUCUAAGUGGUUCACUUUAUCCUCGGCAUCAUUUUCGAAAAGAAGGAGAAAACGUUUCAUUUUUCGGCGACACCCGAGAAGCCGGCUCGCAUAACGCGGCUAUCGAAAUGGUGCGUGACGGACGAGCCGAAGGAGCAACAGUUAACUCUGCAGUGGCAUUCAUGUACUUCCAACGAAACCCACAAGCUCGCAAUGAUAUUUUUAUCAAACUAACGCUGCCCGGAUCCCUGCCAAUUUAUCCGAUCGUCGUCGACAAGAAGUUGUCCGCGGAAACCAAGCAGAAACUAAAAGACGCCUUCUUAAGUAUUGCCCAAGACACAAAGAUGAAAACAAAACUUGAUCGUUACGGAGUGGAUGGAUUUGCCCCAACUUAUGAAGAAAUGUACAAUCUUGAGCAAGAUAUCGUAAAUGACCUUAAAAAAGCCGCUUUAAAUGUCCCAUUUUAUUAAUCACAGACAGAAAUGUGCACUAUUAAAAUAAAAGCACAAACAUCGAUAGGAGUAUAAAAUAACUUCAAUAUCUACCAUUAAAGUUUUAAACAGGCUUUAACGAUUCCAGUACAGCGGAACCACGUAACUGAGUGACCAUAUCGCUGAGGAAAAGGUUCACCGCGGAAUCCUUCUCCGACUUCUUAAUUUCAAAAAUCAACACGAUGUAAAAUCGCUCUUCUAUUCUGGCAAUAAAAUAU